AUGUACUUAAGUAUUCAACGAACUGAAUUGUCUCUAAGUGAUGAAAUUGAUUAUACAAGUGAUAAAACAUCGAAUGAUGAAGAUGAUAUUAAAGGUGUUGAUGAAGAAAUGAAAAUAAUACCAAACAUAGAGAAAAAACUGAAGCAAAUAGAUGAAAAUGGAAGUGAAGUUGAUUUUGAUAAUGAUGAAGAAGAUAUUUCUGAUUUAUAUGAAAAUGAUGAGAAAAAUGGUACAAUAACAGCUGAUAAUUUGUCCAAUGUCGGUAAAUUACUCAAAAAUGAUGCAGGUAGUCAAAACAUGGAAUCAAGUUCAGAUGAUGAUAAUAAUCUUGACGAGUUAGAUGAUCCUAAGAAAGAACCAACCGAAUCGAUUUCUAGUUUUAUUUAUAUUCAUUUAAUUCUAUCUGAACAAAUUAAAACUGGUAAAUAUCGUUUUAUAGCACUUGAAACAAUUACUGAAGAUAAAAUUCGUAAUUUACUUUUAUGA